AUCAGGUCGGUAAAAAUAACGCAAAUGGGCCUUGUAGCAGGAACAAUUAUACUACUCUAAAUGACACUCGACGCAAUAUAGCGUAUAAUGAAACUACCGACUUGUGUGAUCGGGAUUUAAUUAAAAAUGGGGCAUGGUACAGAUUUCAGAGCACGGCGGGCAAUGAGAUGCUGCCCGAAAAAAAUCCUGGCAUCGGUCGUUGUGGAACCAAUAUUCCCAUAUGGAUGAAUGGGAAACAUCCAACGGUUGACUAUGUGGUUACAAAUGUUACAGCUUGUGCUCAACAACAAUUACCUGUGGUUUCUACCUGUUAUGCUGAAUACAAUAUCAAAGUUGUUAAAUGUGGAAGUUUCUUUCUCUAUGAACUGAAACCACCGGACCAGUGUAACCUAGCUUACUGUGCAGCAGCAG